CACCAGCCGUCCGAUCCGACCACGUCCUCCCUCGAAGGGGCACGCUUUUCUGCCUCCUUCCUCGCCAUCGCCUACGGCGGCGACUCUAUUUGAAACUUCUUCUUCUUCUUUGUCUUCUUCCCAUCGGAUUCCACCAGCGACGUCAAUUUGAGACCCAGUCAAGACUUUUACUCCCUAAUCUCGCCUCGAAUCGCGCCGCCUGGUCGCGGUGGAAGAAGAACAGGAGAACGAAGAACCAAAGUGCAUUGAAUGUGUUCCUGCCUCUUUCAAUGGCACAUAAGGAAUCUCUUGCAAGCUCGGGUGUAAAAUUGGCGCGAUCCAAAUCAACCAAGGGAUCUCCUUCAUCGUUGGAUUCCUCAGAUUCAAGAGCAUUGAAGAUUAGGUCUGUUACAAAGGCUGCACAAUCAGCAUCUAAACAAAAUGUAAGAUCUUCUGAUCUGCAGCACCAGUUAAGUAAGCUCCACGAAGAGCUAGAGAAGGAAAAGGAGGAGAAGGCCAGAGCAAUGCAGGAACUUACUGAUAUAAAAAGAAAUGUGUCACAAAAAAUUACUAGUGAGAGUGAGUCGAAAGUGGAGGUGCUAGAGAAAGAAGUUCAGAAAGCAAAGGAAUCGGAGAGAAAAAUGCUUGAGUCACUUGUAUCACAGACGAAACUCCUUGAGCAGAUUAAGAUCUCGCUGGAAGAGGCCAAACUUGAGAAUAGGUCGUUGCGAGAGAGAAACAAAAGCUUUGAGAGAGUUAAAAAUUUUGGUAACCGAAGCCUUAGGCACUUUGAGAAGCAUUUGUUCGGGAGUGAUGUUUUGCAUUCAGGUACUGAAGAGGCAGAUGUUAGAACACUGAGGAAUGAACUGAGGUUAAGCACAGAAGCAGAAGAAAAAAGCAAGGUGGCGAUGGAUGGUUUGGCAUCCGCCCUGAAGGAAGUUUCAGCAGAAGCCAACCAAGUGAAAGAAAAAUUCAAGGUUACCGAGUCUGAGUUGGAAAGAGUAAGAGCCAACUCCGAAAGCCUGAAGACUUCGUUAAGAAGCAUGGAAGAAAAGUUUCAAGCAGCAUCGGAAGAAUCUGAAAGGCUUAAGUGUGAAUUAGAUGAAUCUAUUGCUGCUUGGAAUGUGAAAGAGAAUAGCUUAAUAAACUGUAUCAAAAUGUUUGAAGAGGAGAUCAAUGAAUUGAAGGCAAAGAACGAUAAGUUGUUCGAGUCACAAAGAACAGCCAGGGAAGAGAAUGCCAAUUUGAGGGAUAUUCUAAAGCAGGCCAUAAAUGAAGCAAGUGUCGUCAAAGAAUCCCAAGAGAUCACUAGGAAAGAGAAUUCCCAGCUAAAGGAUCAAUUAUCAGAGAAGGAAAACAAAUUGCAGGUACUAAAGCAAGAAUAUGAAUGUUUAAAGGUCAGUGAAGCAGCAGCAACUGAUAGUGUUACGGGACUGAAGAGCUUGCUUGCUGCAACAUCCACAAUGGACUCGAUGAUAGUAGCCCCUUCAAAUUUUGGUGGAAUUGAUAGCAAUGUCAUUGAAAGGGGGGCAAAAUUUUCAUCUGAACGCUGGAGUGGGCAUAAUAAACGGUUUCAAAAUGGGCGUAGGCACUCAAUCGGAGAACCCGGUAAGCUCAAGGGAUCUGCAUAUGGUGUAGCAGGCUCUCCAGAGCCGAAACAUCAGUUAACUGCAUCUCUCAGUAACAUGUCUGAAAUUAGGUCUGCUUCAUCUAUCAUACCCAACUACAACAGAUCGUUGUAUCCGGACGAUUUCGAUCACAUAAUUGCAAGUCAUAUGGAUCACGCAGCCGCAACUAAAAAGAAAAAGACAUUUUUUCGGAGAUUUGGGGACAUGCUAAGAAGAAAGAACAGUUAUAGGCAGAACUCUUCUUUCGUAGUUCUUCAGUAAAUAACCAGAGACCCUCCUAUUCAUAUCAGUUUGCACCUUUAUGGUUUUACAGUAGCAUGACUCGCCAAUAAUGCAAAUUAGGUGUGUUUACAGCGGUGAGUUACAUGUAGAUUGAGAAGAUGAAGGACACCUUACUUCAUGUCAAGAAUAGUUCAGAUUUGGGAGAUUUUCACUAAGCUAUAUCUAAUAUCCAACAGCUCUUUUUCGUAGCUACGUAUCUUUAAACUGUGUAGGAGGAUGAGUUACCAUUCCAUUUAGGUUCACACAGAGCAAAGUAGUUGUUGAUGUAUGAAACACAUUGAGAAUUUAUGAGUUUAAAAGUGCAUAAGAGGCACAAGUGGUUUCAAGGUUCAGAAAA